AAAAAAAAAAAGCCUAGCUUUAUAAAUGGGUCUGGUUAGUGAAUAGUGAUCGUGUGCCGCAGUAACCAAACCGUCCCCCUCUCAGAAGAUUGCGCGCCAAAAACCUCCUUUACAUAUAUAUAUAUAUAUAUAUAGAGAGAGAGAGAGAGAGAGAGAGAAUGACUUCAGUGGUGGGAUGGUAUGGACCGCUAAUCGAUCUCUCAAGAGCCGCUCUUCACAUCGGCGACUUUGUUCAGCUUCUCGUUUUCGUUCACCGAUCCACUCCCGUUCAGUUUAAGUUAUGGAAAGGAGGAGAGGUAAUUAGGAGGGACAUUCAGGUUGGUGAUGAUAGCAGGCCCUACUUCCCCAUUUCUAUUUGGCAAAAACAAAUGGCGUCCAUGGUCGUACCCGGUGAUAUUGUUUUGUUACAAAAUGUUAAGCUAGCGAAGUAUGGAGAUGUUGUAGAGGGGAGAAUGAUUCAUUGUUCUUCCUUACUUCCUCUAAUUCACCGUUUUAAUUCACUUGCCUCCAAAGGUAUGGAUAAGCUGGUAGGAGAAUGUAGAAUAGGAAUAACAACCAAGGAAAAGCUCAAAAAGGUGAUAAAAUGGCUGCAACGAACAGGGUUUGCCUUUUGCAGCAUUCAACCGCAAGGCCAUCCGUACUCGCAGAAGAAGAUACACUUAAAAAGAAACUGGAAACUUCCAGAAGAGAGAGAUUCAAAGGACUGUAUUUCACUGUUGGAAGUAUCACACUUAACUGAUUCAUGUAAAGCUGUCUUUCAUGCAUCUGUUGGAGAAAUUUUUCUACCAUUUACCACAACCCUGAGUGAAUCUGAGAAAGAAAGGAUGUUCAUCAGCAGAAGGCUAUUUAAAACAAGAGACACUCGUUUAGUAACUGAUCUCAUAUGUACUGGCUGCCAACUCUGUGGUUCUCCUUUGGAUACUCGGCAUGACAAGUCAAUGUUAGAGGAUGAAGCAUCCCCUUUAUAUUGCUCAAAAAGUGUAAACCGCCUUCAUGUAGUAAACUCCAUAUACAGGCCCUUCAUGUUAUAUGUAUGGGAUGAAUCUGAGUACACCCCGCUUCUCGUCAAAAACAAGGCAGCGGAGCUCUUGUUUGGGAACAUCUCAGCCGAGAGAGUCUAUUCGAGCUUCAGAGAGCAACAUAGUGGCCAAAAUGUUGAUCCAGUAGAUGCCACACUGCUCAACCCUCGUGGGGUGGUGGAGGAUUUGGGUUCUUGUUCAUCAGCUGUGGAUACAAGCUUGAAAUUGAAGAGAAAACCUAUUCCUUGCAACAGAUUUUGUCAAAAAAAAAAGGGGCAAAACCGGCAAAACGCUUUGCCAUCUCUGACGGCCGUAAACUGAGAAUUCGGGAGAAAGAGGAGAGAGCGAUGAGAGGUGUUGGAGGACCACUUCUUUGCAUAGGCGAUCUCCUAAACGACGUCGGAGAAUCAGAUCCUGACACUUCCCAACCCCAUAUCCAUCUUUACCCUUCUUCUUCUUCUUCUUCUACCAUCUCAUCGCAGAGCAUUGACCUCACCAAACUCUUCGAGG